AUGAUGCCUUACAAUAAUACAAGCAGUCCAGCGAUUAAUAUAGAAUCUCCGAAGGUAUACCCACCGUCGAGCUUUUCUUCUGACAGCAAAACAGGGCUUAUGUUAUAUCCAGAAGUUAUAUCUGCAAUUUCAAAAGAGAGUUUAUCUCUAGGAGGGAUCCCUUCUUCUAGUAGUUUAGAGAGUUUAUUAUAUUCAGCGACAUCUGAAUCAACGGAAACUCCUAAGCAUACCGGCGAUUUAACAUUAGUGGGUUCAUCGAGUUCGGCAAUUUCGUCCCGUUUGACGGAGUCGAAUACAUCUGGUCAACUACUCGAUAGUAAUUCUGGUGGUGAUACUUCCCGUUCUGCUACUUCCUAUGUCCAGCCCUCAGUAUCUCCUACUCCAUUGCCUACUUCAGAGGCACCAAAUACUUCUGGCCACACCUCUGUAGCCGCAGUUCGUGAUACUAUGCCUUCUAGGAAGGCGACCGAAUCUGGUCAAAGCACCUUAUACCAGAGCUCAUCACUAUCUCUUGUUUAUUCUACUGCAAUAGUUGCACCUUCCGAUACCCCUUCAUCCGUCCAACAGUUGCAUUCACAUAAUACUUUAUUUGAAGUAACCACUCUCGAAAGUCAGACCCACGCAACGAGCGUUACUUCAUCCUCAGGAGACAGCGAUGCUGAAAGUUCAUCUAGUAGUGAAAAUGAUGGAAGAGAAAGCACGGAGGAUACAUCCGAUUUAUCAGUGACUUUUGUCACUCUUACGGUCUCUCUAAAUCCAACGGUGGUUAUACAUUCGACAGUUCUUUCAACGGUAUAUCCGACGCCUUCACAGACUACUCAAGACAGGAGCAGUAUUCCUCCGAUCUCCUCAAUCAACCUAGACGCAAUACCCACAGAUAAAACCUAUGUCAUCUAUACACAAAACUACCAAUUCACUGCAUCAUAUACAACAUUCAACACGGGUCUGCCGGUUACGUCAGUCAUGCCUACCGAAGUUUACUCUACAUUCUCCACACCAACUUCAGUUAUAACCACAGAUGUGGGUCUAUACAAGGCAUGGUCAAACAAUCUCUUUGGUAACCCUACCCCUUCUGCUAACCCAUACAAAGGGUCUAAAAAAAAUAUGAUUAUUGGAACUGUUCUAGGAUCAGUUUGUGGCUUCUUUUUUUGUUUAUCUGUAUUUUGUUUUAUGCUUUUUCGUAAGAAGAAGGCCCUACGAAAGUCAAAAGCUGAAAGAGGAUUUACCCACGAGAUAGGUUGUAGGCUCGAUUAUCCAGUGACUGAACAACAUGAUAGAUCCAGAGGCAAUGUUGGUGUGGGCCUUUCUGCCGACUUGCCACCUUUACUGAAGAGCAAAUAUCGUCUGGGGGUCCACAAGAAGAAACGUUCUGAAUCCGCACUCAAGGAAUUCUAUAAACGUAGAGACCUCUCCAACGGCCGCAGAGCAAGUAUAGACAGUACAAAUUCCAGUAAUCCUUUCAGAGAUGAAUUCGACUUUCAACAGCGAACUCAGCCUCCACCAGUCCCUCCCCGUGUGUUGCGACCUGCAGUACAUAUGCAGACAUCACGAGCCACAUUAAAACUCAAUGGACUCUUUAAUAGAUACUCUUAUGUGAGUUCAGUGAAUGAUGAAACCACUGAUAACCUUUCAUCCGAUAUCUAUAGUUCUGAAAGUGGAUCAAUCCCGAUUCUUCUAGCUCCCAGAAGUAGAUCUGACGCAGCAAAUCCAAGCCAGGUCACACAUGUAGGUUCUCAAAGUUUUCUUAAAGAGGUACUCUAA